UUCUUACAAUUCUCAGUUUACUUUCAUCCACUUUCAUGCUUUAAUCCUUUUGUCGUCAUCAUAGUCGCGGACAGUGUGUGCUCAGUGCUUAUCGUGAUAUUGAUAUAUGUGCAUUACAUACACACACAUACAUACAUACAAUAUAUGUAGGUACACAGCAACACAACUUACAUUACAUUCACUUACACUAAUUAUUGGCGACACUCUCGCAACGUAACGUUUUAGCUUUGGUAGGUUUCGUUCAUUUGCAAAAUGGCUGAUCACAGGGAACGAGAUUCAUAUUAUUCGCAGAACGAUCCUCGUUCAAAAAAUGAUGACCCACCGAAUUCACGUCUAUUCGUUAUUUGCCAUAAAAGCCUCGAAGAAGAUGAUCUCAGAAAAGCAUUUGACAAGUUUGGCAAAAUCGAAGAUAUUUGGGUUGUCAAGGACCGCAAUACGGGUGAAAAUAAAGGAGUCACAUACAUUAAAUUUUCAAAAACAUCCGAAGCCGCAUUCGCUUUAGAAGAAAUGAAUGGAAAAAUGUUAGGGUCCAUUGGCCGUCCGAUAAAAGUUAUGAUCGCAUCAAACCGUGAUCAAGGAUCAGUACGAGAAACAAAUGAAGAAGAGAGAUGGGUGAGACUAUUUUGUGUGCUACCAAAGUCAAUGACCGAUCAUGAAUUACAGCAGGAGUUUUCUAAAUUUGGAGCGAUUGAGUAUGCGACUGUUGUUAAGGAUAGAAAUACAAAUGAAUCUAAGGGAUUUGGUUAUGUUAAGUUUAAAAAAGUAUCAAGUGCUGCACGAGCAUUCGAAGAGUGCGACCGUAAAUACAAAGCAGUAUUUGCAGAGCCAAAAAAACCAAAGCCCGAUCAUUCUGAUUCAAAGUACAACAACAAUGGACUAUCAAUGCCCUACGACAACAUGGCUAAUAAUUUUGGAUCAUCAAGUUUUGGCAAAAGUAGUAUUGGCUUAGAAAUAGCAACAAACUAUCCGAACUCUGAGGGCUACACUCGGCUCCAAGUUAUCGCACAUCCGGCACUAAAUCAAGACCAACUGUGGAAACUAUUUGAUAUAGUACCUGGACUAGAUUACUGUCAGCUGAAGACAGAUGUGCGAUAUAGAAUGCCACGUGGACAAGCGACUGUUGUUUACUCACACCCAAGUGCAGCGGCUUAUGCACGUGAAAAGUUUCACGGAUUUGAGUAUCCGCCAGGUCACCGGAUGAUUGUCAAGCCAGACAUGACUGGUGCGCCGUCACAGAAAAAUUCAAAACCCGGUGGGUCCAAUAUUACGGGAAUGGGUCCAGCUAGAACGGAUCUUGCUCAUCUAGCGGAAACAAUUGCCCAAGCUACCUCUUUAAUUCAAGCAGCUGGACUAACGGCACCAAAUUUGGAGCACACGAUGACUAUGAAAUUACCGCCAGUACAACCAAUGGCCAGUAUUGAUGCUGAUGUUGAAAAAAGAUGUUUCAUUGUUUGCGGACCACCAGUGCCUCCAAUAUAUGCAAUGAAAGACGCAUUCUGUAGAUUUGGAAAUCUUAUUGAUGUCUACAUGCUGCCGGGUAAAAAUUGCGGGUACGCAAAGUACGCAAGUGUCGACAGUGCUAAUCGCGCUAUUGAGACACUACAUGGGCAAGAGAUUUGUGGCUCUCGCCUGAAGGUGUUGGAAGCUGAAGAGCGUAAUGUUGGUGAUGAUCGUCGAAAACGUUUGAAAAUGGACGAGGAACAGAAUUAAUUUCGUGGAGUGUCACGACACUGGCACAUCGAAAAACCCAAGUACCUGAUGACAUCUGUGAUUUUAAUUAUAAAAUAAAUGCAAUACAAAGUUUAUAAUUAAAUUAAAAAUUAAUUUUUUAAAAGUAAUAGUAGAAAUAACUCUAACAUAAAUUUAAAAAAAUUUUAAUUAAUCCAUCACUCAACAAACAUGGAAAUAAAAGCUAUAUUUUAUAAUAUAGACAUCAAGUUAAUUGUUAACUCAACUGAGUUAACAAAUAAAUCUGUAAUUAAAUAAAUAAUUAAUAUUCUAUAAAUAUAACAACAGUA